GAAAUGGGGGGCGGGCGCAGAGGACGGCGGAGCCGGCCGGACUCGGACAGCUCCGUCGCUCCCUCGCUCUGCUCAUCCGCGCAUCCCCACUUCCCUCCUCCUCUCGCAGAGCGCAGCAUCCUCUGCAGACCCUUGAUCCUCACGCCCAGGGUCGUCCCGCUCCCGUGGCUCCUGGUAAUUGCCUCCCUCUCCCCCGCCACCCAGACAACUUUCUCCUCUGGUGCCUGGGGCUAGGGGGCUGCUUUGCCUGGGAGGGUUGCUCCUGAGGGUCACUGGAGAGCAGCCACUGGAAAAAGCCUUGAGAGUCCCAAAGAGACGCCCGACACCCACAGUCUGCCCUCGGCGGGCCUGCCGUCGGGUCUCCGCACCCUUUCUUCUUUUAUACCCCAACCAUGACCGAAAUGAGCGAGAAGGAAAAUGAGCCGGAUGACGCGGCCACCCAUACCCCCCCAGGGACUGUCUCCACCCUCCAAGAAACCAAGCUCCAGCGAUUUAAGCGCUCCCUCUCCCUCAAAACCAUCCUCCGAAGUAAGAGCGUGGAGAACUUCUUCCUCCGCUCAGGCUCUGAGCUGAAGUGCCCCACAGAGGUGCUGCUGACGCCACCAACGCCACUGCCGCCUCCUUCACCACCACCUGCCUCCACAGACGGGGGUCUACCCACCCCGGCGCCCUCCCCAUGCCCAGUCCCACGCCCCUUGGCACCACUCAAACCAGUGAGGCUGCACAGCUUCCAGGAACACGUCUUCAAGAGAGCCAGCCCUUGCGAGCUGUGCCACCAGCUCAUUGUAGGAAACUCCAAGCAGGGCUUGCGAUGUAAAGCAUGCAAAGUCAGCGUCCACCUCUGGUGCUCUGAGGAGAUCUCCCACCAGCAAUGUCCAGGCAAGACAUCCACCUCUUUCCGACGCAACUUCAGCUCCCCUCUCCUGGUGCAUGAGCCGCCACCAGCCUGUGCCGUGAACAGAGAGUCCCCACCUGCUGCAGGGACCGUCGGGAAGGUGGACCCAGUUUAUGAGACCCUGCGCUAUGGUACUUCCCUGGCACUGAUGAACCGUUCCAGCUUCAGCAGCACGUCUGAGUCCCCCACGCGGAGCCUGAGUGAACGUGAUGAGCUAACGGAAGAUGGAGAGGGCAGCAUCCGCAGCUCAGAAGAGGGGCCUGGUGACAGUGUAUUCAUAGCCCCAGCAGAAAGCGAAGGGUCUGGAGCAGAGGAGAAGAGCCCUGGACAGCAGCCCCCAAAGCCAUCCCUGCGGAAGGAUGUGGGACCCAUGUACUCCUAUGUUGCACUCUACAAGUUCCUGCCACAAGAAAACAACGACCUGGCCCUGCAGCCCGGAGAUCGAAUCAUGCUGGUGGAUGACUCUAAUGAAGACUGGUGGAAGGGCAAGAUCGGCGACCGGAUUGGCUUCUUCCCAGCCAAUUUCGUGCAGCGGGUGAGGCCAGGCGAGAACGUUUGGCGCUGCUGUCAGCCCUUCUGUGGGAACAAGGAACAGGGCUACAUGAGCCUCAAGGAGAACCAGAUCUGUGUCGGCGUGGGCAGAAGCAAGGAUGUUGAAGGCUUCAUCCGAGUCAGCAGUGGCAAGAAGCGGGGCUUGGUGCCAGCCGACUCCCUGGCAGAGAUCUGACAGAAACCAAGAGAACCUAGAUGCUACCCCUGCCCGUGCCUGGCCCUCGCUUCUGGCCUGAGAAGGAAGCCGGCAUCCUGGCCAACCCUUCCUCUCCCUGUCUCUCCUAAGCAUCACCCACCCCCACUUGGGAGCCUUCUGCACUGAGGAAGGUUUUCUGUCUUGGGUGGGGUAUCCUGAAUGGGGUGAUCUUCUGGGACUUGGGGAAGGGAGUUAAAAGUGGGAAGACACGAGGAAGCCACAGGUAGCCCACCCAGUGCCCAGGUACCACCUAAUCAAGUUGCCACAAUGAGUCCCACCCUAGGAGUCUCCCGCGGUCUUCAGAGACUUUACCUGCCCACACUGCCCAUGCAUGCCUGACGCCUUUGCCCACAGCCUUUGCUUGGGUCUGUGUGUCCACCCCUUUGCAAAUAGGGCCUUGUGAGAGGGCCUUUUGCUGUUCCUCAGCUCGCCACUCUGGACUGAGAGGGGACUGAGGACCGUGGUAGAGCCCUGAAGUCACCACCUGUCACUCCUUCAAUUCUCAGGAAAGUUCAGGAAUCUUUUCCAUUACUUGAAACUCAUUCCGACAGAGCAGGGGCAGUACUGAGGUCUGGAGGGGAUGGGAAAUGUAGGAAACUGGUCUGUUAAAGAUGGUGGCACACGCCUUUAAUCCCAGCACUCCGGAAGCAGAGGCAGGUGGAUCUCUGUGAGUUCGAGGCCAGGCUGAUCUACAGAGCAAGUUCCAGGACAGGCUCCAAAGCUGCACAGAGAAACCCUGUCUUGGAAACCCUCCCACCCCCAAAAAAAGGGAUGGUCCCCACAGAGCCGCCUCAUCCUACCUUUGUCUACUAGAAAUUGGUGUCCAAGAGCAGCUUGGACACAGACCCAGCUGAGAACAAGACACUGACCCCUGUUUGGUCAAAACAUUUCUCGGUUAGGAUUCUAGAAAUCCCCGUUACCAGAAGCAGCCAGUCAGGGUAGUCUGUGGUUAUGAGUUCUGGUCUCUCUAAAAGCUCUGCCCUCAGAUGGACCAAACUUACCCUUCUCACCAGGCUCUACAGGGCCCGUCUCUGGGAGGAAUAUCUUGAGAGACAGAGAAAGGAUAUGGAAAGUUCGUUUUGGCCACCAGGAAGGGGUCUAGGAACCCCUGGCCCUUGUGGGCAGGAUGAAGGACCUCUCAAAGGCUGCUUUUUACCCCCUGGUACCAGCCCCCGCCCUCCAAGCUCAGAGCCUUCCUUUUGUGCCCUGAUCACGUCAGCCAAUGCCACGCCCAUUUCUGGGCACAGUCAUGCCCCCCAUACAGUGAAGGGACACAGAUUCUCCUGCCCAACACACCUUGCCCCACCUUCCCCACUAAGAGGGGACUAAAGCCACACUGCCCUUGUUUGCUGCCAUGAGCCCCCCCCCCAGCAAAAUCCCCGGGGCGGGCCCAACCCACUGUACAUGAGGCUGCAUGACGGGUCUGCGGGGGAAUUGCUGAGCCCCCAGCCCAAAAUUAAAUGUUUGUUGUCUCGG